AGCAGCGCACAACAUCCUCUCUAACGGGAGAGAGAAAAGUGAGGCAAAGAUGGAUGAUGAUGGGCUGAUGCUCAACUUUGCGGCGCCGUCGGGCGCGACGUCAGGCCCGACAGCAAAGAAGAGGCUCAAUGCCAAGGAGAGACAGCAGCAGCAGAGGCAGAGGAGGUGGGCAGGUUCAUCAGCUGCUCAAAAGUCCACGCAACAGCAGCAUCAACAGCAGCAGCAGUUGCAGACACCAAGCUCGGCUUCGUCUUCAACGCCGAUCGUCACCCAGUCUAGCGACCAGACUACAGCGAGCCCGGUGGCAAAAAAUGGGUCAACAUCUGCACCAGCUCCACCUGGCGGGCGGCAGACUAGGCCGACGUCGAGGCCCAGGCCGGAAGGCAGCAACAGUGGACCGGCCCCCACGCCGCGCAACGGUUUCAUUUCCUCCCUCUUCACGGGCAUCGACUCUUCGACGCGAAACAACAAAGGAAAGGAGGCUGCAGCGAUCGAAGAAGACGAAGCACGGGUGUCCAAGAUUCCCUCGAACGCGCCUGCACCAGGCGCCAGCUUCUCGGCGUGUGGCCUUGACGAGCUUCUUGUCUCUCACUUGGCCUCUCCAAGGAUGACAAUUGGGGAUAAGCCAACGAGCAUCCAGCGAAACAGUCUCCCGUUCUUGCUCAGCCAGUCCUCCCUCGACCCUUCGUCCUCGUCCACGUCCACGUCAAAAUUACCGACGGCGGCGCAUCGGGAUGCGCUGCUGCAUGCACAGACGGGCUCCGGCAAAACGCUGGCCUAUCUGCUUCCCAUUAUCCAGUCCUUACUCCCGCUGUGCUCGGCAAGCUGGAUUGAUCGCGGCUCGGUGGGGACACUGGCCAUCAUCCUGGCCCCAACACGGGAGCUGGCGCGGCAGAUCUACGAGGUGGCCGAGUCGCUCUGCAACCUCCAUCUUCGGCUUCGACCGGCUGGUGGUGACGACGACGACGAGAACGAAGAGGCAGACGGGCGGGAGGACGAGGCAAACACGGUGCGAAGGACAAGAUGGAUCGUGCCCGGUCUCCUGUCCGGUGGCUCAACAAAGAACCACGAAAAGUCUCGCCUGAGAAAGGGCCUGCCUCUGAUCGUUGCCACGCCUGGACGGCUGCUAGACCAUCUUCGCAACACGGCUACCUUCGACGUGGGCCGGCUUCAGUGGCUUGUGCUCGACGAGGCCGACCGACUGCUCCAGAUGGGCUUCGAGGAGACGCUCACCGACAUUCUCAAGGCCCUCGAUGCUCGGCGAAGGUCGGCCGUCGAGGUGCAGCGCAACCGCAUGCGCGAGGAGCUGGGUACGCAGGCAAGCACGCUCGACCUCAACGAUGAGGACAACAUCGAGGACUCCUUUGGCAUCAGGUGGUGGCGUUACGGGAGGAGGACUGUGCUGUGCAGUGCGACGCUCGACGAAGGUGUGCAGGUACUCGCAGGCAAGAGUCUCGUGCGGCCAAGGGUGAUUCGAGGCGACGCAAAGGAAGACGAGGAGAUUAGAAAGGCCGCAGACAGCAGCCAAGGAAAGGAGGCGACUCAACCAAUGGCGGCACCCUCGCAGCUGGACCAGCGAUACGUCAUUGUCCCCACCAAGCAGCGACUCAUUCUCCUCGUCGCUCUUCUUCGUCAGAUUAUCUCCUCUGCAUCGGGGAGCACUGCGACAUUUCCCAAGAUCAUGGUCUUCGCCAGCUGUACCGACUCGGUCGACUUUCACUUUCGUGCCCUCGCUGGUGCUCGCAUGACUGAAGGAGCAAGCACUGCCGAGGGAGACGAGGCCGAGGACGAGGACGAGGGAGAAAAGGAAAAGGCCGUUGAGCUUGACUCCGACCUGCUUCCCUCUGUCUCACUCUUUAGACUGCACGGCUCCAUGGCGCAAUCGGACCGUUCGAUGGCACUCAAGCGCUUCUCACGCUCCGCGAAUGAUGCAGGCAAGAAGGCCGCCGUGCUCUUCUGCACCAGCGUCGCCUCGCGCGGCCUCGACCUGAGCGUCUCGCACGUCAUCCAGCUCGACCCGCCCACGGAGCGCGGGGCUGACGAAUACGUGCACCGGAUCGGCCGCACUGCGCGCGCGGGCAAGGCCGGCCAGUCCUGGCUCUUUCUCCUACCGUCUGAAGAGGGAGCGGUGGCGCGAUAUGCGUCCGGCUCCGCGGCCGACAUCACGAUUCGGCCCGUGGACCCGGCGGUGCUGCUCAGGAAGGGCUUUGCGAGCCAGGAGCUCAGCGUCGCACAGUUUCGCGCCACGGCCGUCCAGCUCGCGCUCGAGGGCUGGGCGCUGAAGCACAAGGAGCUCGCGACAAAGGCCUACAAGAACCACCUGAGGGCCUACGCGACGCAUCCGCCGGCCGAGAGGGACGUCUUUGGGCUCCGGAAGCUGCAGCUGGGCCACUUGGCAAAGAGCUUCGGUUUGAGAGACCGGCCAGGCGAAAUGAAGGGCCCGUCGUCAGCUGCGACGGCGAAGACGAAGACGUCGAAAGAUGAGGGAAGGAAGAGGAAGGCGAAGUCUACAGCGGAGGUUGGAGAAGAGGAGGACGACGAUGAGGAAGACGGAGACAUCCUGGAUCAGGUACUCAGCAAGCGGUCCAAGCUCGCGUCCGGCGAUGCAUCGACCCGCGAAGAGGGUGGGUACGGCUUGACGUUUGAGCGAAACAAGGACUCGGAAUCAAGAAUGUACGCAAAGGUCCGACAGCUGGGCAAGCUGAGCAAGAAGGCAGGUGUGCUCGGCGCCCACGGUGCCGAUGAAUUCCAGCUGGCCUAGCUAGCAAGACACUCUCAAACACAUGAAAUGGACUGUAAUUGUAUUGGGC